GCGGCGGCGGCAGCUGGAGACAAAGCGCCCGACUAAUGAAUGGGACGGUCCUGCCUGACCCUUCCCUUUAACUCCUUCGGGCCCGGCCAGGCGGCGGUAACUGGUGGCCUCCCGCUUCCGCGGCGGCUGACCGGCGAGGUAGACUCCUCAGCAUCAAUUUGCAUAGCGUAUACUGAACCUGAAAUGAAGCCAAUGGAACACAGUGGAGCAGAUAUAUGGCGUGAAAGGAUCAUAAUUACCUAAUCAACAUGAACAGAAUGGCUUCCUGGAUGAAGAAAACAAAUGUUCAGUUCAUAGGCUUAUGUCUACAACAUGAAGUAUUUAACAGUAGCUGUCUUUGAGAAAUUAAUUUGUGACCUGAGAUCUCCUGGUCCCGGAAAGAAAUUGAGAUUUUACAAAUUAGAGCUGUAAUUUUUCAGCACGUUUUUUGUGACUAAUGAUAUUUAAAUCUGCACAACAAAAAUAUAGAAUACAAAACCCAAGGGUCAUACUGAUACAUUUUUGUUUGUGCAUUACGCAGGAUAUAUCAUUUUAAAUUAAAUUUUUUAAAUCAUCUUUACUUUUAUUUAUUUGUUAAUACAUGAAGACUCAGCAAGAAUAAUUUGUCACCCAUGGAAAAAAAUAAGGCAUAUUCCCCAAAAAUGGACAGUAAUUUUGUGUUAGAUAAAAUCAACAAUUUAAAAGUAGAGCAAGAAGAUGAUGGCAUGAAUAAUUGUACUUUGGAAAGAAUGGAUAUAAAAAAUGAACAUGAAGAUUUCAAACAUACGGACAGUAGCGAUGAACAAGAAGACAAAGAAAAACAUUUCAUUAAUAACAAUCCUGGCAAAUAUUUAUCUACAGAAAAUGAAGAUGAUUAUGGAUCUCUGUUUUCUCAGUACAGUAGUACUCUUUAUGAUGUAGCAAUGGAAGCUGUGACACAAAGCCUCCUUUCUAGCAGAAACAUAAGCUCCCGGAAAAAAUCCCCUGCUUGGAAUCAUUUUUUUAUAUCCCCUCGAGACAGCACUAAAGCAAUAUGUAUGUACUGUAUGAAAGAAUUUAGCAGGGGUAAAAAUGAAAAGGACCUAAGUACAAGUUGUCUCAUGAGGCAUGUGAGGAGAGCUCAUCCUACUGUACUUAUUCAAGAAAAUGGAAGUAUGCCGGGUCUAGCUUCUCUUUCUUCGCCUUCAUUGUUACUACCUGCUCAGUCUGCAGAUGUUGGAGAUUUAAGUGCUGUGUUAUCGCCUAUAAAACUGGUCAAGAAAAUUGCUUCUAAGAUACCAUCUCCAGAUCGAGUAAUUGAGGAAUCUGUUUCUAUAGUCUCUUCUGAAGAAAUAUCAGACCUUUCAGUUUCUGAAAAGUGCAUCAAAGAAGAAAUCAUGGCCGGGUCAUCUCCACCCCUACCCAACAAUCAAUAUGAUGAAACUGUGGAGAAUGUAGCUGAGAAAACUGUUCCAAUUCCAAAGAGUACAUCAGGUUCCAGAAGAAGAUCUGCUGUCUGGAAACACUUUUAUUUGUCUCCUUUAGAUAAUUCUAAAGCAGUUUGCAUCCACUGCAUGAAUGAAUUCAGUAGAGGAAAGAAUGGAAAAGAUCUUGGAACUAGUUGCUUAAUAAGGCACAUGUGGAGAGCCCAUCGUUCCAUCGUUUUGCAGGAGAAUGGCGGUGGUACAAGCAUACCACCCUUGUACUCUGCUCCUCCAACUUUAUUGCCUUCUUUACUGCCUUCUGACGGUGAUCUGAAUUCUGUGUCGUCCUCUCCAGGAAAACUGCUUAAAGAAUCAAUGUCUGCUUCUUCCUCUCCAGACAGAAUGGCAGAGGAGAUCCAUUCUACUCUCCCUUCUGGAGAUGCUCUGGUGGAAGACUCAUCGAUGUUGUCAUCUGACGAUAUAGGUGAAGCCUCCUUAGUGUCUUCUCCUGAGAAGCAGUGUGAGGGAUUAAGUCCAUUGAUAUUUGAACAUAGCUCUGUGUUUCAGCAGAAUAAAAGGAUUAUGAAAAGGCUUAAAUCGGAAGUUUGGCACCAUUUUUCACUGUCUCCAGUGGACAGUCUAAAAGCUAUAUGUAGAUACUGUAGUUGUAUGAUAAGUUGUGGGAAAAAAGGAGAUGUAGGCACAAACUGCUUGAUGAGACAUCUAUAUAGACGCCACCCUGAGGUGAUUGGGAACCAGAAGAGUUUUAUAGAUGCAAGUUUGGCAAAUUCUCCUUAUGCUACUUUGGCUUCCGCAGAAUGUUCCUCUUCAAAAUUGACUGACUUACCCACAAUGGUUACAAAUGGUAAUCCGAUUAUAUUUCCUGUCAAUAGCAAGAAGACCUCAAAACUGUGGAAUCACUUUUCAAUUUGUUCUGCAGAUUCAACUAAAGUAAUAUGUAUGCACUGUGGACGUACAAUAAGCAGGGGGAAAAAGCCAAUAAAUUUAGGUACAAGUUGCCUUCUAAGACAUUUGCAGCGGUUUCAUAACAAUGUGCUGAAAACUGAUGUUUCAGAGACAGUGUUGUCCUCUUCUACGGAUAAUCACAAGCCACUGAGCACAGAAUUAUUAGGAUCUUCAACCUUUGAUGAAACCAAUGACAAGUUUUGUGAUUCUCACCCAGUUGCCAAAAAAAUUACAAGUCUAGUAGCUGAAAUGAUUGCACUUGACCUUCAGCCAUAUUCUUUUGUAGACAACAUUGGCUUUAACAGGCUGCUUGAAUACUUGCAACCUCAGUAUUCCUUACCUUCACCAUCAUAUUUUUCUAGGACAGCAAUUCCAGAAAUGUAUGAUAACGUGAAACAAAUAAUUAUUUCACAUCUGAAAAAAGCUGAAAGCGGAGUAAUACAUUUUACAUCAGGAAUAUGGAUGAGCAAUCAAACACGAGAAUAUCUAACUCUUACUGCUCACUGGGUAACAUUUGAGUCCUCAUUUAGACCCCAGUGUGAAGAUUACCAUUGUACAGCACUUUUAAAUGUGUCACAGAUUGAUUGUGACUACAAUGGCAUCAGUAUUCAAAAGCAGUUAGAAUAUUGGUGGGAAGCCUGGAUAACUUCCAUUGGCCUUCAGAUUGGGAUUACUGUUACUGAUAAUCAGAGUAUUGGAAAAACUUUAAAUGAAAGUGAUCAUUCGAGUGUGCAGUGUUUUGGUCACACUGUUAAUCUCAUAGUAAAUGAGGCUAUUAAAAGUCAGAGAAUGGUUCAGAAUUUGCUUAGUAUUGCAAGAAAGAUUUGUGAACGUGUUCAUCGGUCAGCAAAAGCAAAGGAGAAAUUAGCUGAGUUACAAAAAGAAUAUGAGUUGCCCCAGCAUCAACUUAUUCAAGAUGUUCCAUCCAAAUGGAAUACAUCAUUCCAUAUGCUUGAACGCUUAAUUGAACAGAAAAGAGCAAUUGAUGAAAUGUCAAUAGAGUGCAGCUUUAGGGAGCUGAUAAGUUGUGAUCAGUGGGUAGUUAUGCAAUCUGUGUGUCAUGCUCUGAAACCAUUUGAAGUUGCGAGUAGAGAGAUGAGUACACACAUGUCCACUUUAAGCCAGGUGAUUCCAAUGAUUCACAUACUUAACAGAAAAAUAGAGAUGUUGUUUGAGGAAACAAUGGGGAUUGACACCAUGUUAAAAUCCUUGAAAGAAGCUAUGGCGAGUAGAUUGUCUAGCACACUUCAUGAUCCAAGGUACAUUUUUGCUACACUUUUAGACCCCCGCUACAAAACAUCCUUAUUUACAGAGGAGGAGGCUGAACAGUAUAAACUGGACUUAAUCAGGGAGCUGGAAAUAUUGAGUUCUACCUCAGAUGAUAAACCUGUUUCUAAUGGGUGCGAUAUAGGUUCACCAUCUACAAACUCCUGUGGGGAGGAUAAUCUUUGGUCACUUAUGGCUGACAUGAAAAAAUCAAAAGAUCUAAAAGAGAAGGCAAAGUUACCAGAGGAUAUGGUGCUCUCAUACUUGGAGGAAGAAGUGCUUGAGCAUAACUGUGACCCACUAACUUACUGGGACUUUAAGAAGUCAUCUUGGCCAGUAUUGUCAAAAUUGGCUGUCAGAUUCUUGGGUUGUCCACCAAGUAUUGUUCCUUCAGAGAGAUUGUUCAAUACAUCCAAUGAAAACAGCAGCUUUAGUCAGUCAAGGCUAAUGAUUGAACACUUUGAAAAACUUAUCUUUCUGAAAGUGAAUCUUCCCUUAAUAUACUUCCAGUAUUGAAACUAAUGAACAAAUUAGACUAAAACUAUCGUUGCUCACUGGAUAUUAAAUAUUUGGAUUGUUAAAUUGCUCCAGUAGGGGCCAUGUAUGACAUCUAAUCAGUGACUGUAAUUCAAAAUUUUAGUUUUGUCAGCUUUCAUUAAAAUGUCUACAUGUGCCUUAUUCAUAGUUCUUCAGGCCAGAUAUUGUAUAUAUGUUUUUUAAAAGUUCACACUAGAAAUAGCCUGUCUUGUCAAAUUAUACAUAAUUAUGUAGGUUUUAAUCCAUAAUUGUAAAUGAACUUAAAGCGCGGUCAUUUGUUUUAAUAGAAUGGCAAAAAAGAUGUAAACAGUUCUAUUCUGUAGUUUUUUAUUCAAUUAUGUAAAACCCAUAAACCAGGUACUGUAUUUUAGUUAAACAUUGCUUUAAUUGCAGCAAAAUAGCUUUUGUAGCUGUCAAAAGAAAGCUGUACAUAAAAGGUGGAGUUCAAGCCAUCUUUUUACCUAGCAGUUUUUAAUUGCAAGCCCUAAAGUACUUAAAGGGUUAUGAAGAAUUAUUAUGGAAGAUGUUUACUAUGACAGGAAACUAUUGAAUUACUCUUUGAAAAUGUAACUAAAUUUAGAGGUAUUAUGGAACAUCAGUUAUACAGUAAUCUGUAAUAAAACUUGCCAUGUGCUGUUCUCCUAUUCAGGUUUUACAUUGUUACUGAAUUACAGAAAUAUUCUGAGUAUUUAUAUAAGCUCUUUUUGGAAGUUUUUAUCAAAGUUUGUGAAUGAAUGCUUGUUGUUUAAUGCAGUGCAUGAAAAGGCAAGAAAUUUACAAUGAAAGAUCUGAUGUUCUAAAGCCUUUUUUUAAUCUUUAGUGCAUCACAGUUAUAAGGGUUCCCUGGUGUAAAAAUUGAACCCUGGUUCCUGACAUGAUUACAGCCGGCUAUAACAGAUUGUCUUAAAGUUCUUAGUACAAAAAUAACAAACUCUGAUUCUGAAGAAUAGCCUUAUGGAUACGGUGCACUGCUUAGAAUUUUAUGUAGUAGGGUUGAUCCAUAAUUGUUUGGUGUCCAUCAUGCAAAUGAGUGGGUCCCUACCAAAUUCAUGGUCUAUUAUAAGAUUUUAAAAAUCAUAAAUUUCAUGAUUUCAGCUAUUUAAAUCUGAAAUUUCACAGUGUUGUAAUUGUAGGGGGCCUGACCCAAAAAGGAGUUGUGCAGGGGUUGCAAGUUUAUUGUGGAGUGGGGGUGGGGAGGUUCCAGUACUGCUACCCUUCUGCGCUGCUGCUGGUUGCUCCGCCUUCAGAGCUGGGCAGCUGUAGACCGGUGGCUGUUGACUGGGAGCCCAUCUCUGAAGACAGAGCCGCCACCAGCAGCACUGUAGAACUAAGGAUGCCAUGAUAUGGUAUCUAUUGUCGCCCUUCUACACUGCUGCCUGCAGAGCUGAGCCCUCAGUUGGCAGCUGCAGCUCUCCAGGUACCCAGCUCUGAAGGCAGUGCAGAAGUAAGGGUGGCAAUAUCAUGACCCACCUAAAAUAACCUUGUGAUCCCCCUGCAACUCUCUCUUUUUGGUCAGGACUCCCAAUUUGAGAAACACUGGUCUCCCCUGUGAAAUCUAUAUAGUAUAGGGUAAAAAGCACACAAGACCAGAUUUCACGGUCCAUGACGCAUUUUUAAUAGCUGUGAAUUUCGCAGGACCCUACAAAUGAGUUAUUGUAGAACCCUCUAAACUUCAAAAAUAGAGUAAAAAUAGCCAGCAUUUAAAUUGUAAACAAUGUUUUCCAUGUUUUUCUCUCAACUACUAAAGAGUCAUCUUCCCAUUUCAGUUUGAUUAAAUACUUUUGGGAAGCAAGUCAUGCAUUUGCCUAUGACCUUUUAGAAAAAUUGUAGUUUUGUUAAAAUACUGUACCUAUGCUAAUCUAAUUUUGCAUUUACUAUGUUUUAGUGUAUUUAUAAAUGGUGAACUCAGUUUCUGAAAUUAAACAUUUUAUUUGCAAUUUCUA